UCUACAUCAGCUUAUCCCCCGGCUCAAUCACGCUCUAGACGAAGAAUUGGAUUCCCCGCACUCGUGACUCUCAGUCAUCAUUCCGAGGGGCCACCCCCGCGGCUACAAUGAGCGCAAUCCUCUCCGCAGACGACUUAAACGAUUUCAUCUCCCCAGGCGUCGCUUGUAUAAAACCCGUCGAGUCGCUCCCACAGAAGCAGUCGAAUGAGAAUCCCUACGAAGUCACCACAGAAGACAAAGUGCAACCAGAAAAUCCCCCUCCAGCGCAGAUCUCCCUCACCGAUUGCCUCGCAUGCUCCGGUUGUGUUACGUCCGCCGAGGCAGUGCUCAUCUCGCUACAGUCGCAUAAUGAGGUCCUCAACACCCUCGAUGCGCAACCCGAGAUUCGACUAGUGAGUGGCGAGAAUGGGACAGUCAUAGAGGACAGUGGGAGAACAAGAGACGAAGGGCGGAUUUUCGUUGCCAGCGUCAGUCCUCAGGUACGCGCGAGUUUAGCAGCUACAUACGGGGUUUCGGAGAAGGAGGCAAAUCAUAUAAUACAUCAGUUCCUCAGCGGACCCAAUGGUUUGAGGGCAGGGGGAAAGCACGGCAGCGGUUUCAGCUGGGUUGUUGAUACCAAUUCUCUACGCGAGGCAGUGUUGGUUCUGACGGCGGACGAAGUCAGCGAGUCAUUGACGGGCUCCUCGGCGCCUAAACGACCGAUUCUUUCAUCAGCAUGUCCAGGUUGGAUCUGCUAUGCUGAGAAAACGCAUCCAUUUAUUCUUCCUCACUUAUCUCGGUUGAAGUCACCCCAGGCCUUGACGGGUACUUUCUUGAAGACAGUAAUCAGCAAGAAGCUCGGUGUACCUGCUUCUCGGAUUUGGCAUCUAUCAAUUAUGCCUUGUUUUGACAAGAAGCUUGAGGCUAGCCGAGAAGAACUAACCGAUGCCGCCUGGAAUAGACUCUCAUCGGGGGAGCCAAAUACGCCUGUUCGCGAUGUUGACUGCGUCAUCACCUCACGCGAACUACUCAGCUUAGCGUCAUCUCGAGGGAUUUCACUGCCCAACCUACCAAGGAAGAGCCUUCCUCAGUCGCUCCGCCUACCUUUCCCAGACCCAGCACUUAACGUUUUUCUUUUCUCUGAGAAGUCGUUCUCACGACAGACAAGCGCCUCUGGUACCUCAGGAGGUUACCUGCAUAAUGUGCUCCUGUCUUUCCAAGCUCGCAACCCCGGCAGCGAGAUUGUCACUCAGCGGGGUCGGAACGCGGAUGUUGUGGACUACACCUUGAUGUCCCCUGAAGGUGAACCGAUACUGAAAGCAGCCCGUUACUACGGCUUCAGAAAUAUUCAGAAUUUAGUCCGAAAACUCAAGCCCGCGCGGGUAUCCCGCCUGCCGGGGGCCAAGGUAGCGACCGGACAAACGGCCGGAGGUCGACGGCAACCAAUAUCACGAAACGGAGCCUCUGCCGGGUCGAGCAUGGACUAUGCUUAUGUAGAGGUCAUGGCAUGCCCUGGUGGCUGUACCAAUGGAGGAGGUCAGAUACGCAUUGGUGAUGCGAGGGAAUUCAACGCGCAGCACGAUGCUUCAGUGACGUCCGAAACCUCAAAGCCCUUACCACAUGAGCAGCGCUCCUGGCUUGCUCGCGUCGAUGAGGCUUACUACUCAGCUGAUUCAGAUAUGGAUGACGCGGUAGAGGAUGUACGAACAGUUUCAGUCACAGAUAACGAAGAUAGAGUCCACAAGACCCUGCAGCACUGGUCUGCUAUCACGGAUAUUCCACUUGAAAAGCUGGCCUAUACGACGUACCGCGAGGUGGAGAGCGAUGUCGGCAAGCCAAGUGCACCGAAUGAUACCUCGCGGGUUGUGGAGUUGGCAGGGAAAAUUGGUGGUGGUUGGUAG